AUGCUCGAGCUGAAUGGCCCUUUCUUGCUUCUUACCUCCUUUGCUCCUUCGCUUGUGUGGCCGCUCCCCGAGUUCUUGGUUGAGUCCGACUCCCACCUUGCUGGCAACCACACUGCACGGUGGCGGAUUUUCUCGUUCCUCUUGCCUCCCUCUGGCCUCCUCGUACAGUUUUCAUCGCUGGCCAGGCGUGCCUCCUUUGCACGCUGCGGGGCAGCACUGCUCGAGGACAGCGCAGUCAUCAUCGCCGAGUGCAAGUUGUGGAAAAUCGUUCUGUCGGUUCGGACCGCUGACAAAAUGAUUAGAGCGGUGCGACAGUCGUUGGCAAUCGCAGCCUGGCGAAGUACCCACCCCCACGCAAGUGGUGGCCCUCUCCCUCAUAUACUGCGC